AUGUUGAUGCUCGGGAACAUCUCUUCCUCCCACGUAUCGGCGGUGGCAUCAGCUCCUGACGCUGACUCUGAAGCCACAGAGGGUGAUUUGAAAACACCAAGACACAAGCGAUCUCCUAGAAAAGUGACCAUCCUGGAGGUCGAGUUUUCUGCGGAAUCUGGGAGUGAUUAUGUCGACUCUAAACCGUCAUCUGGUCGAUCAUCCCUGAAUUCUAUUGAUUUCCUCCCUAUCGACCACCUAGUCGGACCAGGCACCACAUCAUCGCGAAUUACCACAAACAACCGCCUCGUGAUAGACCAUGUCGACGUUUCUCAGGCUUUAUUGGAUGCAAGAAGGUCUCUGAUCAAGAAGCAGAGCGAGUUGAAGGAUAUUUCGGGUUUGCUAACGCUCAACUUCAUUUUCGAUGCCGCCUUUCUGAAGAAGCAUGUCCCGAAGGACGGACAGGCCUCGCUACUCUCUGUCUCGAUACCCACAGUACCAGACGAGGAAAAGAAGUUGCUUUUCGACUGCUCCGAGUUUGUGGCAUCACAUUCUUUCCUCGACAGCAAGAAACACGUUCGGAACAGAAUCUUGCUUCGUCAUUAUACUGAAAAGUCCAAUCUUAGGCAGCAGUGUACUUCAUACCCCAUGCCAUCAUCAUCCUGGCUUGUACAGAACGAAGUCACAUACACGCAGGCCAUUGUGAAAGGUGUUAUUAUUGAAUACGAUGAGUUUGCUGUUGUGAUUGCUGACAUCAAGAAGCCAGGGGCCAUGGAUGACGAUAUCCAGGGAGAUCAGUGGAGGCUUCCUUGUAUGCAGAACUUGAUGCUAGAUCGCAUGCCCUCUGCUGGUGUCACGGAUCCAAAGGUGGUUGGAUUCUUGUUAAGAGUCGGCAACAGAACAUAG